AUGUCCGACUGGGAGGCGGACAGCGAGGAGGAUGGACCCGGCGGAGCCGCCCCCAAGCCCUCUCGGGCCUUACCUGCGUGGCGCCCGGCGACGGAAGCAGCUUCUGCGGGAGUCUGUGAGAACCGAGCCGCGGGCGGAGACAAGAAGGAAAGGGGCGACGGGUGGAAAGGGCGUCCGCGGCAGGGCCUUGCCCGCGAGCCCUGGCAGUCGGGGCCCUUGGAGUACCGGGCCCGGGGGUCCCCGGGGGGCAGAGGCCGAGAGAGCGCGCGGUCGCCGCCGCUCUGCUUCCACCUGGAUAACGCGCUGGUCGGCACCGUCAUAGGUCGAGGUGGAGCUAAAAUAAAAGAACUUGAAGAAUCUUCAGGUUGUAAAAUACAGGUUGUAAGGGGAAAUUGUGACGCUGAAAUAAAGAUAUUUGGUGGUAAUGAUAAGCAGACCAAAGCGAAAAUGUUGAUUGAUGAUCUUGUUGAGAGAAGUGGUCAAAGCAAUUCAGGAGAAAAGUAUGAAAAAGAUUCCUUCAAGCACCAGCAUGUUGGGACCACUUAUUGCCAUGCCAGUCGUUCUGGAGCUUUGAUGUCUGUAAAUAAUAAUCCAAAGCAGUCCAUUAACUGGACUUCUCUCCGAGAAAAUAAAGCUAAAUAUGAAGCUAUGAAAUGGGCUGAUUUACCUCCAAUCGAAAAAAUAUUUUACAAAGAGUCACCAAAUAUUGCCUCUAUGUCACAAGAUGAAGUUGAUAGACAGAGAAAAGAGAACAAUAAUAUCACAUGUGAUGACCUGAAAGAAAGUGAAAAACGUCGUAUUCCCAAUCCUAUCUGUAAAUUUGAAGAUGCUUUUCAGCACUAUCCUGAUGUUAUGGCAAAUAUAAGAAAAGUUGGCUUUCAGACGCCUACACCUAUUCAGUCACAGGCCUGGCCAAUAGUACUUCAAGGAUUUGAUCUCAUUGGAAUAGCACAGACUGGUACUGGAAAGACUUUGGCUUAUCUGAUGCCAGGAUUCAUUCACUUGGAUUCACAGCCAAUUCCUAGAGAAAAACGUGGUGGACCGGGUAUGUUAGUUCUCACUCCCACUCGAGAACUGGCUCUUCAGGUUGAGGCAGAAUGCUCAAAAUAUUCUUACAAAGGAAUUAAAAGUAUCUGCAUAUAUGGCGGUGGAGACCGGAAGGGGCAAAUCAGCAUGGUUACCAAAGGUGUGGACAUCGUUAUUGCUACUCCUGGUAGACUGAAUGAUCUUCAAAUGAACAACUUCAUAAAUUUGAGGAGCAUAACAUACUUGGUGUUGGAUGAAGCUGAUCGGAUGCUAGAUAUGGGAUUUGAGCCUCAAAUAAUGAAGAUUUUAUUAGAUGUGCGUCCUGACAGACAAACAAUUAUGACCAGUGCUACAUGGCCAGAUGGUGUCCGUCGCCUUGCAAAAUCAUAUUUGAAAGAUCCAAUGAUUGUUUAUGUUGGUACUCUUGAUUUAGCAGCAGUAAAUACAGUGGAGCAGAAGGUUGUUGUUAUUCCAGAAGAAGAAAAAAGAGCUUUUACACGUUACUUCAUUGAUACUAUGAAGUCUGAAGACAAGGUCAUCAUUUUUGUGGGAAAGAAGCUUACUGCUGAUGACCUAUCCAGUGAUUUUGGUCUUCAAGGAAUUCCAGUUCAGUCUUUACAUGGCAAUAGAGAACAGUGUGAUCGUGAACAAGCUUUGGAGGACUUCAAGAAAGGAAGAGUUCGUAUACUGAUAGCAACAGACUUAGCCUCUCGAGGGUUAGAUGUGCAAGAUAUCACUCAUGUGUUUAAUUUUGACUUCCCUCGCAACAUUGAAGAGUAUGUUCAUAGAGUGGGCCGUACUGGUCGAGCUGGCCGCUCAGGUGAAGCUGUAACUCUUGUGACUAGGAAUGAUUGGCGGAUUGCAUCUGAACUGAUUGAAAUUCUAGCAAGAGGAAACCAGGUAAUUCCCGAAGAGCUAAUUUCAAUGGCUGAGAGAUACAAACAAUUUCAGUUGAAAAAAGAAAUGGAAAAGGAUUGUGGAAAGCCUCGUGGGAGAUCAUGGAAAAAUGCUUAAUGC